AUGGAAGCUACCCCCAGCCAUCAUUCGCAAAUGGCAAUGCACCUUACCAGACAAGAAAUUACCGUCAUACAAGCACUUAAUAGACUUCUUGCAAACACGGACGAACGGCGACAGGACAAGCUCAGCAUUUACCGCUACGAAAAGGGCCUCCGAACCACCCAAUCGUCAGCGACCGAGCGCGUCGCGAAGUCAUGCAUUCACCGCGACGCUCAAGACGCCGGGACCGAACCACCGAAAACCGACUCAUUGACCUCGCCCCCGUCCGGACCACCCCACCGCGAUUUGUUAGUCACCGCACAGGUCAACAUACUGGACAAUAGAACUCAACCGUUCCGCUGUAGAGCUCUGCUAGACACCGGCGCGAGCAUGAACUUCAUCACCGAGAGACUCGCCAAUUCGUUGAGACUCAACCAACGGAAAUGUUCGGUCCCGAUCGGAACACUUGACACGUUGUCAACGACCUCGAAACGCUACAUCACGGCCACGAUCACCUCCGUUGACGGCACAUACGAACGCACCUGGACUUUUCUAAUCAUACCGACCAUAUCGACUUCGAUCCCAGAUCAACCCGUAGAUCGGUCAACGAUACAGAUACCCAGAAAUCUACGACUAGCCGAUCCAAGAUUCCACAGACCUGCUCCGAUCGACGUGCUAUUGAGCGCCGGGCCAACACUAGCGUCACUGUGCGUCGGCCAACUUGAUAUCAGUCAAGCAAACGGGACCGACUUGCGUCUGCAAAAAACGCGGUUCGGAUGGGUCAUCGGGGGGAGCACAGUCUCGCAACCACCCGCACACGCAUUUCACGCGUCCACGACGGCCUUGCAGGCGGAUCUCGCCCGUUUUUGGGAAAUCGACGAGGGACCGCCCACCGCGCACAUUUCGGAAGCGGAGCGACAGUGCGAGGAACAUUUCCGGAAUCACGUUCAACGCACCCACGAAGGGCGAUACAUGGUCGCUCUCCCCUUCAACGAGACAACUCCCUCGCUUGGAUCCUCCAGAGCCAUGGCGAUGAAGCGACUAAUAUCUCUCUGCCGGCGGUUCCAACGAGAUAAGCGAUUCGAAGCCGACUAUCACGCCGUAAUACAGGAAUACUUGGCAUUAGGGCACAUGACGAAAGUUACCACGGACCACUGCACUGACGACGGAUGUUUUUUACCACAUCAUGGCGUGAUCAAGGAGUCCAGCCAAACUACGAAACUCCGAGUCGUGUUUGACGGAUCGGCCCCAACCACCACCGGAGUUUCAUUAAACGACGUACUUCAUACGGGACCGAAACUACAAGAUGAUUUAUACUUCAUCCUUUUAAGAUUUCGAGCUCAUCAAUACGGCAUUACAGGAGUCGAUACAAGGGUCGAGGCACAAUCAUUGAGAACGGAGCUCACAGAACUGCUCAAGCUAGCCGGCUUAAACAUCCGGAAAUGGGCAUCGAACGACCGGGAACUGCUACGAGGACUUCCCGAGACUGACGUAAACGAUAAGCUGCUACUAGGCGAAUCGCAAACCUUCAAGACAUUGGGUGUUGUUUGGAAUUCCUUCGACGAUUCGAUCCUAUACUCUGUCAAAACCAAUGAUGCCGACUCUCGAAUUACGAAGAGAACCAUCAGCUCCGAAAUCGCCAAGAUCUACGACCCGCUCGGAUUGCUGGCACCAGUAAUUGUUCGAGCCAAGAUGUUGCUCCAGCGACUCUGGACACUAAAAAUUAAUUGGGACGAAUCCUUACCGGCUGACGUGCACACGGAAUGGAGCAAAUAUUACGCACAGCUGCCAUUAUUGAAUAACGUGGAGUUUCCACGUAAAACGAUAAUCAACCCCGCAGCGGAAAUUCAGUUACACGGGUUCUGUGACGCCAGCGAAAGGGCAUAUGGAGCAUGCGUUUACCUUCGCACCAUCACCCUGGAUGGUCAAGUCUGUACACGUCUCCUCACUGCGAAGUCGAAGGUAGCUCCGCUCAAAUCACUAACCAUUCCAAGGCUGGAACUGAGUGGAGCACUCCUUCUCGCGUCACUAGGCACCACGGUCCUCCAAGCCUUGCCAAGCAACAUUGCUCGGACCGUUUACUGGACUGACUCCACAAUCGUUCUACAUUGGAUCAACACAUCACCCCACACGCUGAAAACCUUCGUCGCUAACCGUGUGACAGAAAUUCAACGGAAGACUCACGCCUCAGAUUGGCGUCACAUCCCCACUACCGAUAACCCGGCAGAUCUCAUAUCUCGAGGCCAACUACCCGAAGACUUCCUGAAAACAACCAUUUGGCAACAUCGACCAGAAUGGCUUCAACAACCGGAAGAAUACUGGCCAACGUGGAACCCAGUACCGUUAAAGGAAACACCGGAGCAGAAAAGGGCAACCUGUCUGUCCGCGACGCCGGCGGACCACAGCAUACUGGGGAGAUUCUCCUCUUGGCCCAAGCUUAUAAGAAUUGCCGCUCGGUGCCUUCGAUGGAGACAAACCCGAGAUCGAGGCAAACCUCUGACCGUGCACGAGUUGACCAAUGCACACAACAGAUUAAUCAAACUAUUGCAAGCCUGUUAUUUUUCAGACGAAAUCCGUGCUCUCCGGUCAGAUAGAAAUUCGGCAAUGAAGGGGAAGCUCCAAAGACUCAAUCCAUUUCUGGACAAGGACGGGAUGCUGCGCGUCGGAGGCCGACUCAGUCAUUCACCAAUGCCUUUCAACCAGAAGCAUCCAAUAAUUCUACCCAAAUCCUCAGUUACCGCGCUCAUAAUCGAGCAUGAACACCUCCUAAAUCUCCACACCGGAACUCAAGCUACCUUGUACGCCCUAAGGAGAUCCUAUUGGCCUAUCGACGGCCGCAGUCAAGUUUGGAGCACGCUGAAGAAGUGCGUCCGUUGCUGCCGAGCCAAUCCCCCUCCAGUGGAUUAUAUAAUGGGCGACCUUCCAGCUGCCCGGAUAACAGAGUCUCGGCCAUUUACCAACGUCGGAAUCGACUACUGCGGACCGUUUUACAUCAAGGAACGAAAGGAUCGCAACCGACUCAAAAUCAAGGUAUACGUAGUGAUCUUUGUGUGUCUUGCAGUUAAAGCAGUCCACAUCGAGUUGGUCAGCGAUCUCACUAGCGAGGCCUUCAUUGCUGCUCUGCGGAGAUUCAUCGCUCGCCGCGGAUUCUGUGGGACAAUCUACUCCGACAACGGUACCAACUUCGUCGGUGCCAACAACGAAUUACGAGAGCUCCGAAAUCUCCUGCAAUCCGACGAUCACAAGGCACAAGUCCAGUCCUUUUUAGCCGACCGACGGAUCGAAUGGCACUUCAUCCCUCCCAACUCACCUCACUUCGGCGGGUUGUGGGAGGCUGCAGUGAAGUCUUUCAAACGACAUCUCAGACGGGUCGCCGGUAACGAGCUCUUGACCUUCGAAAACCUUAACACCCUUAUCAUUGAAAUCGAGUCCAUCCUAAACUCCCGCCCGCUGACGCCGAUAUCUUCAGACCCAAACGAUCUCCUAGUUCUUACUCCCGGUCAUUUCCUCAUCGGAGAUUCACUAACCAGUUUUCGAGAACGAGAUUUCAGGGACACGCCAUCCAAUCGUCUCUCCUGCUGGCAGCAUAUUCAGAAACUCAAACAACACUUCUGGCGCCGGUGGCAUCGAGAGUAUCUCAACGAGCUACAUAUCCGGAACAAAUGGAACAAGGGCAGUCACGACAUACGAGAAGGCACCAUCGUCCUUCUCAGAGAAGACAAUGUUCCCCCGAUGCAAUGGCCAUUGGGCAGAAUCAUCAAGGCCCAACCCGGCGCAGACGGCAUCAUACGCACAGCUAUCGUUCGAACAGCGACGAGUACCCUCGAACGGAGCAUCAAGCGGAUGGCACCACUACCGAGCAGAACGACUCCAGACGACUCCGAACCAAUCAACAGUCCGAAGUCUGACAAGAGGUCCACCUGA